AUGGACUCACUACUACAUUGUCACUCAGAGCACUCGGAGCGUUUGAAGAGUUCGCACUUAUCACAGACGCCACAAAGAUCAAAGACCACCUUUGACUUUCGAGCUGAAACGGAGGCGGCGUUGCGACGCAAUCAGCGACUGCAGGAACAGUUGGAGUUUCUGGGUCGUUCAAUGGAGUAUGAUAGUGACGCAGGCGAGGAUAGUACUCGGACUUAUCGUGCGGCCACUGACACCUCAGGCACCACUAUUUCGUCGGUCCGCAGUGGCAGCGUCACGGUGGAUUGUGAAGAGCGACCUGUUGCUUUUACCAUGACACAACAGCUCAAUAAUCUCGAACGGGAGAACUUUAAGCUGCGGACUGAGCUUGAGGGCGUACUGGUUAAUGCUUCCAGUGCUUUAAAGAAACAUUUGGGUGGCUUCUCUUUGCGCAUGACAAAAGGUCUGUCGCUUACCGCAGAGGUCUCGGAGACUUCGAGUUCUUCGAGUCAUGAAGACAUUGAGGAGCCUGAGAACGAGAAUGCGGCGUUACUUAGUCAAAUCCGAGAGCAGCACAAGUUUGAAGCUGAAAGCUCUGCCGCACUUGAGUCGGAACUGGAGCAGGCAAAAAAUGACAGUAAAAAGGUGAAAGACCAAAUUGAAGUUGCACAGAACGAAAGUGCAUCAAAGCCAGACCGGGAGCAGCCUUUACAGGCGCCUGGCUUUUUGGAUAAGAUUUAUGCUAAUGUUGGCAAGGCCAAAUUGGUGCUUGAGGACCGUGUAAAGCAACUCGAUGAAUUGCUGGCUAAUGCUACCGAAGAAAACGAUCGUCUUUGCAACGAGAUCAAGGAUUUCCAGCAGCAAGAGAGUGAUAGGCACAACGAAGCGAUAGCGGUCAAGCCUGACGCACGCAUUACUGAGCUUGAAGAAUUAUUGAAGAUGCGGGAGAAGGAGCUGGAGACGAAUGAGGAAGAACUUGUGAAGACGAAAAGACAGCUUGAAGACGCUGUGAAUCGUGCUCGUGCGGGUGAUAGUGUAAAGUUGGAGCUAGAGACUGAACUUGCCGCUGUCCGUCUUUCUCUAAAGGUGGCACAGGAAGCUACUACGCAGUUUGAACAUCGGAUGGCUGUGUUGUCUUCCAGUGCUGCUCUUGCAAGCACAACGUCUCAUUACUCGCCUUCAAGUGACGCUACGGUUCAUGGUGAAUUGGCUGAUGUGCAGAAACAGCUGAAGCUUUCAAAGCAGGAAGUAAUGCAGCUUCGCUUUCGCAGUAAUCAGCUUGAGAGUGUGAAUGAGCGUCUAGAAGAGACGCUCAAGGAGAAGCGAACACUAGAAGUGAAGCUGAUUGCGCUCGAGGGUCAGCUCUUUGAACAGCGAAAUCGGACUAUUACCACGGACAACAACAGCUUUUCGCAGGACGUCAAGAACAUUACGAUGCUGACCGAAAUGCAGCGUGAGCUCGACACUAAAUCUGCUCAGCUGACAAUUGCUGAGCGUGAAAUUGAGCAUUUGCGGUUGCAGUGCAGUGAACAACGUGGUAUGAAUUUUAUUUCUGGCAACACUGAGGAUGUAAUUGACAAAGUAAAGCGCUUUGAGAACGAGAUUGGGCGUCUUUGUGAGCGCAAUGACGAGCAAGCCAGACGACUGGAGAAGCUUGCACGUCGGGUAACAGUUGCCGUUCGUGAACGAGAUGGACUUGAGAUGAUUGUGGAGCAAAUGGUGACGGAGAUGGCGCUUUUGAAUAAAGAGGUGAAAGUUUCGACUGGAGCUCGUAACGGCCGAACGCCGUCAAUUUUAGAGGACGAGGAGAUGGAGGGAAAAAAAGUGAUGCUGGAUAAGGACUUGUCUCCUCAGACGGUGGGACAAAGUGGUACAACAAUAAUUGAUCCCUAUGCAAAUGGUUUAACGUCGUUGUCUCAUAUUCCAUCAUCUCCUAAUCCGGACGUCUCUAGCAGUAAAGUGGCUAUGCUUGUGAAGAAUUUUUCUAUUCAUGAUGAGUAUUCCAAUGGUGUCAAGUUUUAUAAAGGACUGAGAAAAUCGCAAUUGGAAUCGCGUCAUCGUAACAUUUCAUCCACGAGUUCAUAA